UAUGUGCAUAUGAUAAUUAUUGGUUGCAACUUGCAAGCAGCAUGGCAGCAUCAUCGACUACUUAUAUUAAGUUUUACUAUUAUUUAGCUAGCCUAGCCAACUUUAUGUACAUAAUAAUUUUUUCUACUAUUUGUCAUUGACACACUUAAAUAGUUAGUUAAUCAAUUAAUAGAAGAUAUUAAAUUAAAUUAAAUAUAGGUAUAUUUUUAUUAUUAAAAAAUCAAUAAUUAUUUAAAUAAUUAAAAACAAUUAAAAAUAAUUAAAAAUGACUGAAACUUCACAUUAUAUUGAAAGUUUUGUAAGUGGUGGUGUUGGUGGUGUAUGUACAGUUGUAGUUGGACAUCCUCUUGAUACGAUUAAAGUUAGAUUGCAAACAUCUCCAAUACCAAAACCUGGUGAAUCACCACUUUACAAAGGAACAUGGGAUUGUGCAAAAAAAACUGUUGCAAAAGAAGGAUUUCGUGGUCUUUACAAAGGCAUGGGUGCUCCAUUGACUGGUGUUGCUCCAGUAUUUGCAAUAAGUUUUUUGGGUUAUGGACUUGGUAAAGAUUUACAAAAAAAUAAAAAUCAAGAUGAUGAAUUGACAUUGAUACAAUUAUUUAAUGCUGGUGCAUUCAGUGGUAUAUUUACAACAAGUAUAUUGGCACCUGGUGAAAGAAUCAAAUGUUUAUUACAAGUUCAACACAAUCAAGGUACCUCAACUUACAAUGGACCUGUUGAUUGUGCAAAAAAAUUGUAUAAACAAGGUGGUAUACGUAGUAUAUACAAAGGAACUGGACUAACAUUAUUAAGAGAUAUACCUGCAAGUGGAGUUUAUUUUUUGACAUAUGAUGGAUUAAAAAGAUACAUGUCAAAAGAUAAUCAGCCACCUGGUAUAUUACCAACAAUAUUUGCUGGUGGAUGUGCUGGUAUUACAAAUUGGAUUGUUGCUAUGCCACCUGAUGUUUUAAAGAGUCGAUUCCAAGCUGCACCUGAAGGAACAUACAAGGGUAUUGGUGAUGUAUUUAAAGUAUUGAUGCGUCAAGAGGGUCCAUUUGCACUUUACAAAGGAUUUGUGCCAGUUAUGCUCAGGGCUUUUCCAGCAAAUGCAGCAUGUUUUGUUGGUUUUGAAUUAUCAGUUAGGUUAUUUAAAUGGGCAUCAUCAAAUUUAUAAUAAUAUAUUUAUUUUCUAAUGAA